AUGAAACAUCUGGAUCACCAGCUGGCUGGAGCAAACAAUCCCUUCAAUUCAGAUGGUUUUGAGAGUCCAUGUCACCCUCCUCCAGUUGCACAGGUAGAGUAAAAGCUUUAUUUUGAAUUAUCACAUGAAGAUAAUUUUCUCCAUCAAGAUUAAGUUGAACAUUUUUUUAAAUUUAUUUUUUGCUGCAUGGCUUAAUUUAUUUUUUAAUUUCUAUUCAUAGUUAUUUUCCUUUGUUUCUAGAUGUGCCAUGUCCUUUCUUCCAUUGCACGCCACAUUUGAAGAGAGCUGAGGCUGAGUCAACCUGACAUCAUCUUGGGAUGCUUUUAGGAACUCUUCUAGAUUAUGAACUUUAUUUAUAGAUUUAAUACUUGAGUACUUAUGCUGUCAUAUCCUUUAUUUAUAAUAGAACAACCCCAAAACAAGCACAAAUCCAUGGGUGUAUUUGUGUAUUUUGUCAUCCAAAUUAGGAUUACAGCAGAAGUAGUACAGCACAUCUUCAUAAAGAUGAUACUCUGGGUUUAUUUUUAUAUUUUUUGUCCAUAAAAUCAAUUCAACCAAAGUGGGAAUAUGAAACAUUUGGGUUUUUUUUUAAUUUGAUACAAAACCACAUUGCAUGAAUGUAUGUACCACAUUUAUCAAUCCAUUUCAGUUGACAUUUUGCCACGUAUUUCCUUUGCUUAUUAAGUUUUAUUUUGCUUAUAGUUAUUUUUCCACUUCAAGUAUUUUGUUAUGUAUCUCUCUAUUUUACCUUUGUAAAUCUUUUUUUUAUUUGUCUUGCAUGUGUAACUACAUUUAUAAAGGAUUUUGGGAAAUAUGUUGGUGUAAAAUAACAAAGACAGCAGCAGAUGUCGCUAUGCUGAUAUUGAUCUUCACACAACAAACUAACUGGUUCGCUUUGCUAAUGAGGCAGUUUUGCUUUGAAUGAUGUGGUGAGUGGAUUUUGAUGUACUAUCUGAAGAUAACACUAUGUUGUAAAUAAAUAUGCUCUGAAGAGAACCUCUUGUUAUUUAUGUAUUAAUACCCAUAAAUCCAAAGCAAUUUUAAGUAGGUAAAUUUACAUGCCCAUUUAGAUUGUUUAAUUUACAAUAUAGAGUAAAACACCAAUCAAUCAAGCAGUCUUUCUUAUAGUGCCACUUCUAAACAAGAUGAAGACAAUUAGCAGGUUUGUAACCCUGAGGGGUUAUAUACUUAUAGUUGGAAAAAUUGGUGUCAGGCAGGUCCACAACAGCAGGCCAUCUGCAGUGCUGAUUCAGAAGUACCUAUGAGACAAGGUAGCUCAAGAACUCCCAGCAAGAUUUGAAAAGAGAGAGGGGGGAUCGUUGUGUUUGGUCCCCAUGGGAAGUCACACCAUGUAGUAACAUAUCUAAGAGCUGGUCCAAGCAUGAGCCAGCCGCAUGAGGACAAUUUAAAACCUACUAUUACCUGUAAAGGGAGUAUCUACCAACUAGACUAGCUGAGCAGUUUGUUUUAGUAAUGUGGAAAUAAUCUAGAGGGACAAAAGAAAAGUAAAUACUUGGUAUCUUUUGCACAGUCUGUUCAAAAGGGGGUGUAUUUUAAUCAGUUCAGAUUGACAAUAAUACCUCAAAUUCUAAUUAAUUCUUUAUUUGUGUCUGCACAGAGAGAUUUUAUUAUGGUGACAAUCCAUGUGAAACAAUCUGCAAAAUUUCUGGUAAUUUUCACUGAAUGUAAUCAAAAAAGCAGCUCAUGGUGUGCAUGAAUCUUUCUUAGGGAAACAUUCGCAGUCGACCACAUGAGGGCAAUGUUAGCCUGGCCUUCUUUCUUCCCAAGGCCAGCCCGUGAAUAUGGUGAAACACCUAGUCCGCUGAACGCCGUGUCACUAUGAUGCAUCUGUCAGGUUAAGAGUCGUCCAAAUUAGUUUUACAAUGGCAGCAUUUCAUUACAUUAUUCACUGGAUGUUGAAGUACUACCCAUAAAACAACUUUGGGUCACUUCAAAAUGAGUUUAUCUCAUAGAAAACAAACUGAUCAAGGUUUGAAAAAAGUAAAAAAAAAUGUUGCAUAAAGCCCACCAUAAGAAAAUCAUCUCCCUGAGUCACAGUAUUUGCAUGCAUAUGGGUUUACCUCCUGGGUCCUUCAUCAGUAAUUCUAGGCUCUGUAUGCCAAAAUUAGCCGCUGGUUUUGAUGGAAGAGCCGGCCAACAGGAGCAACGGGGCACUCACCUCCCAGAAUUCUUCACUCAGCUCCCUUGACUACUCUGAUCUGAGCCUUUCCCUACCAGCCCUAACUUCAUUCGAAGCUGGAGGCAAGGAGGUAAGAAGAGGGUAAAAAGCAGCCAAAUCACCAUAUCUACACACUUUUUAAGUAUUAAAUUAGCAGUGCUGGCUCGAGCAGCCACAAAGGUCCUAAUAGUCAGCUCUACACAUCAUUGGUGCAAGUAUUUUGUAUUUUUUCUUUGGUCCUUUACAGGAUAAAGGAAAUAGUGUAUUUGGAUCAUCAACGCCUUCGUCACAGGAUCAGAGAUAUGGGUAUGUUUUUUUAAAGCAGUUUGUAUGAUUAAAAAAAGAGCUGUGAUGCAACACAACCGGACAGCUCCACUAUGCGUCCUACUUUCAGGAAGCUUUACUUUUCAGGUUUUAUGCACAUGGUCAAACAGGUGAAAGAAAUACGAAUUAUUACUGAAAUCUUGGCAGGUGGUGGCAGUAGACUUGAGAGCGUAACAGUAAAAGGAACAUCUUUUAGUCCUCUACUCCAGUAAACCACCAACACCACCAACUAUCGCAUUACACCAGAAGUGAUGUAUAUAUGUAUAUAUAUAUAUAUAUAUAUAUAUAUAUAUAUAUAUAUAUACAGCUAAAGAUAAUCACACCAUCAUACUCUGAGUUAAUAGUAGCUUGUCUUUUACACCGGUAGCCACACGUCUUGAAUCAGAGGACAGAAAUAAGUAGCAGACCGCUAGCAAGCUAGCAUUUCGCAGCCAUCUGAGAGAUAAUUCUACACUUUUAAAACUGAUGCUUAAGAUUGAGUAUGAGUUCAAAACAAUGUUUGAGCUUAUACCUCUUUGGGUUACUACUCUAUUAAUCAUUUACAUUCACUAACCUUUCUUUCAACUGUUUUUAUUCAGUUCUGUAACUGUAAAUCUAUGAGAUGUCAUAUACUUCAAAAUGAAAGCAUAGUUUGACCAUACAGGAGAUAAAGCGACCUGUCAAAAUAAAUCAGAACAAAAUAAAAGCAUCAUUUAUGAGGCAAUGUCUUAUACGAAGUUGUUGUCACUGGGCUAAUGAUGUAGAGAAAUAAAACAUAUGAAGAUUCUACAUGUUAGAUAGUUGUGUAUUUCAGUAAAGUUAUUGAAGUAAUAUGAUACCCCACUCUUGUCUUUCCUUUCCUCAGUUUGACUGAUUGUUGUUUUAUUUUCAAGUUUUACAAAAAAUAUUGUUAUAAUAUCAUUAUCCUGACAGCCUUGUCACCAACUAUGAAAAAGCUCUGUCACCAAAUUGUAAUUCUGUAAGUGAUGCAAAUUUGGGAUUGAAAAGUCAGACCUGCUUCACUGAAAUUGGCCACCAACAGUACAGUAACCAACAGUUAGUGAGGACAGUUGGUCGAUUGUGUCAGCUUUGUAGACCGCUUCGUCUGCAUUCGUGGACAAUAAAGACACAGUGAACAGUGAAGUGAGCACAUCUGAAUGAAACAUACUGAAAAAAGAAGACUGAGGUUCCAGCCCAGCAGAGAGAGAUAGAGCAUAUGCCUCCCUAAUGAGAUAUUUUCAACAGACCUUGUCCUUUGAUAAGAGUAAUACUCCCUGACAGCUCCCGUCCUGACAGCUCAGGUCAUAGUUUUGCUUUUGUUUUUGUCCUCCCAAUUUUCUUCUUCUUGUUGUCACUCUCAGACAUCAUUGGGUUUUACGUCAUUGAAAACAAUGUUCAAUGAGGCAUUUAGCUACCAGCAGAAUCCUACAGCUGAUCCAUAAAUUGACAUUAAUAAUCUUUGAAUUAGGAAUUAUGUUCAUUUGCUUGUUUGUUUCAUUUUUUUUUUUUUUUUGACAAAAAAGCAGGUUUAGUACCAAAACUGCAUGACAACCCACCUUUACUUUUAUAAACAAGCAAAUUCUUAAAAACUAUCAACUUUUCCAGGGAAAAAAAAAAAAAUCUAAAAUUUCCUCUCUCUGUUACAGAAGGGACGAAGAAGACAUAAGUCAGUGGCAAUGUGAGUUCAGAGGUCAGAUCAGGGCACUGAGGCAGUGGCUGAAGAGUAUGGAGAUGAGGCUGCCUCCUCUGGACCCAAGGGUUUGUUGUGUGGACUUUCUCUUUUCCUCUCUAUCUGAUUGUUAUUUUCUCUGGAACAUUCACUCUGGUUUAUUUCACCAUUCCCUUUAUCAAAGCUAACCUAACUGCACUACCUUCAGUAUAUUUCGGUUAAAAUGCAUCCUCUAUCUCUCAUCUUCUUAUCUGUCUCUCCCUUGCUCUCAUCCCCUCUCACUGUGUAAAUGUGUCAACUCUUGUUAUUCUGAAAGUUACACAGAACUUUGUGUGGCUGUAUGUUGUCAUCACGCUGGGAACAAUGUCACAAACUGGAUUAUUAUCAAGCAACACUCUACUGUAGAGCUGCUGGCACUGUUCAGGUACAACUGUGUGCUUCCAACUAAACAUUAGCAUGCUAACAUGGACACAAAACCAAUGCUAACAUGCCAAUAUUAGCCAGGUGUUCAUUGUGUUUUAUUGUAUUUCAGCUGUAUUUGAUGUUUCUUUCGAGAAUGAUCCUGUAAACCAUCGUAUUGCUGUAGUUAUAGCGGCAUCCCACUUUCCCAAAACAGUGCUGAUAGUUCUUACUUAAAAAUGAGGACCCAGCAUCUGCAGGGGAUGUGUUAGAAAGAGGGUAAGGAAAAACAAGAAAGAAGGAACCAAUAAGUCAGGGUUGCUCAAAUGCAAACACCUUAGUCAAAUGAGCAGUGUGAAAAAAAGGAAGAACUAGACGGUGCACAUGCUCUGAAGAAGAGGUCCUCCUCCUUUCCAGCAGAGAGACUUCUUUAGGCCACAGGGGAACAGAGGGGAUGGGGGAUCAGGCUCCAUUGUGCCUGGCCGGGACAGCCAGGCCACUGAAGUGCUUGGCACUGGAGGCCCCCCUGCACACAUGAGCGCACAUACUGAAAAGACAUUAGACUGAUGGGAAGAAGAGGCAAGGGGGCAGAAAAAAAGAAGAGCUGGAUCUUUAUGGUAAGAGGACUCUGAUCUGUCUAUUGAGGAAUUUAUUGAACACCAACUGUAGAUUUUGUACUCCAACCAUUUAUACCAAUAUUUGCUUAAAAGCUUUCAGAGUUGAAGCCGCACUCAGAAACUGAGUUCAACUCAAAUUCUCUGAGAAUGGCCAAGAAAGAGACCACUGACAUAUUAACCUAUGAUUUAUAAAUGCAUUUUUUCACCAUUGCAGGUCAGUGUGUUUGCUCAUAAGAAAUGCCAAUGUCACCUUUUCUGUUUUUUGUUUUCCAAUUAGACUAAUUGGCCAUAAAACAUGGAGAAGCUGGGUUCCUCCCAUCAAGUCUACCUUAGCCAAUAUCAUCUCUUUAAAGGAAGCAGCUCUACCUAACUGUAACAAUUGAUUUUGCUUAUUGGAUCAUCUUAUCUGCACAUGUUCGUUUUCCUUUGCAUCAACCCUGUAAGAUAAAAACAGCACUUUUAUUGUGCUUAAUCUUUUACAGCACCAACUGAGCUCAAAGUAUUAAUAUUAAAGAGCUCUGCAGAGCGGCAACGUGGUGGGGUGAUCAUAGAAUAUCUUUGGUGACGGCUGACUGCACCUUCCACAAUGAGCUGUGAAUCAAUUACACAAAGGGAUCAAGAGUGUUUGAUGUUUUUAUUGUUAUAGUAAAAAUUGGUUUGGGUUGAUUUGGUUAUAUGGUCCAUUCAAGUGAAUGUGCUUCAUUGUCCUGACUGAAUGUUGGAGCCAUUAAUUGAUUGUGUGGUUCAACAAAACCAAGGGACGAAAUACGAUCUGUCUGUGAACCCGCGUGACCUUUGAAGAAACUUACUGAUGACCAUCUCUGGAGGAGUUUUUAAGAAAACAUUUUUCAGCGUGACACUCCUCUAAGUUGUUGAUGCUUUUCACACAUUUUUUCAUUGUUUGCGUUUCUCCGGGGACUGACGUGUGAGAUGCACAGGCAUGUCUUAUCACGUCACAAAAGCUCGGACACUUUGGAGAGCUUCAGUCUGACCCCUUUACGAGAAUGUGUGAAAGUGGACGGAUCUUAUUAUCCCCACCAUGCCUUUAUCAUACUGCAUCCGACCACCGACCUUUGUCAUGGUAAUGCUGUUAGUCUGCUGCACUGCUGGUUUCAGUCUGGGCCUGGGGGACUCGUUAGUUAGCAGCAUGAAUGAGGACAUCCCUCUGCAGCCCCCUGUAUACAGACCCUCAAUACACAGGAGAGACACACACCUGCUCCUUAACACCAAGCAUGCACUGACACAUCCUGAGCUGUUUUUCCCAUGAACACUGGGCUAUACAUACGCCUCAAAUUGGAGGUUGUCAAGCAUUGAUAAUAAGUCCUUCUAAUGCAAAUACUAUUCAUGUUAAGAAGUCCUGCUUAAUAAACUGGGAUAAUCUAUAUAUACUAAACGUAUCUUGAACUUAUCCAGUUCAUGAAAUUGUCAUGAAAGCUAACUUGGUAUGAAAAUAACGUCUGAUGCUUUUUAAACUAUAUAGUCAUUGGGCGUUUAAUUAAAGCUCCUGUGUGGAUUUUUUUAAGUACUGUAUGGACUGAAAUUAUAUGGAUGCCUUUUAAUGACUUACAAAAGCAAAAAAAAAAAAAAAAAACUCCAGGAGCAGGAUUGAUGGCGGAACAAGAUAUGUACAGACUGCUUUGUCUACACACGGUGCCAAAAUGAGCACAGAGUGAAAGUUCCUCAAUGGAGCUGUAAUAAAAAAAAAAACAGUUUACCUGAAGGAUGUAAAAUUGUGAUAAUUUCAGAGCACUGAUAAUAAUAAUCUGAGACAGAUGAUGACGUUUUCAUUGAGCUUUAGCUCUUGCUGUAGUGUUACAAUCCGAGUGAAGUCUAGAGUCCUUAGUGACUGAGUCAAGUCUGAGUCACCAGAUUCUGACUCAUCCUUUUGGUGUGUGUGGAGAUUUAAAUGAAGUUACAGCGCUGUGCCUCCAUUUUCUUUGAGUGUGCAUCAUCAAGGUCUAUACUCUGAACUUCACUAUUUCAGCUGUGUCUUGAAGAAUCCCUCAUGGAACAGAUUAAUAAUGUUUUUUAGUCCAAUGUCAGUAUUUUAUUCAAACUUUAUGUUUAAUUUUUUGAAUCUUCAUUUGAGUGGAAUAUGUCUGUGGUUUUAGUAGUACAGAUAGCUGUGCUUUUUUGGGUCCACUAUCAGGACCUCAUGUCAUUGUCUGGUCAGAUGACAUCUUCUAACAUUGACAGUCAGUUUCAGGUCAAAAGUUCUCCCUUCAGCCUCCCUGAGCCUCCUCCAGAUAAAGACUCUCUCUGUCUGAAAGGUCUCUGGUUUCCCUGGGCCUGUGGCAGAUGCUGCAUCCCAAAUAAGCCGUGUACACACGCCUUACAAACAGACCCAGGAAGAGGGGUGAGAGAUCACAGCCUAUUAUCCUCUGCUCUCUGUUUCUGACAGCCUGCAAACAGCGUCCCUGCUCUCUGACGCUGUCAUAACCUUUAGGGAAAAAGAAGUGGGGCUUGUUUUCCUCACCUACAAGACCAGUGAUUUAUGAGGUAUGCUGGGAUGGCUGGAAACUCUUUUGCUUUACUGGAUAAAGUUGAGAUUGAAUGUUGGACCCAGUUUUUGUCCUACUUAGUGUGGGGAAUUGAUUUUAACUUCUAACCCUGCACAAAAUCCCUCCCAUGGGAUGAAUUUUGAUUCACACACUUUAUCACUGUUAAAGGGAAAUAUAAGGUCUCUUUAUUACCUUCCUGUGCUUAAAGGAAAAAUGGACUUGUAGCUGUAAAUCUUUAGUUCUUGAGAGCAGCUGAAUAAAACUCAGAGAGGAUGGUGUGUCUACUCCUCCAUCCCCAAGUGGCUAAAUCCUUGUCUUCUUCCCGAUUGUUGUCGAACAUUUUGAGCGUCCAGGACCCAGUAGGGAAGCACAUCAGCCUUUCUUCCACUCUCCUUGGAAGCAGUUUCUUUUGGUGAUAAAUGACAGUGUGCAUGCUGAAUGGUGCUUCUGGUUUGACCCUUUUAAGGGACCCCCUUUUUUUUCAUGUCUCAUGAAGAGGACUAAUUACCAUGCUCUGCAGAGGAGCCAUUGAGCUCUUAUUUAAUUUGAAGGCAGCAGAGAGGUUGAGAUAGCAGAGGAGGGGGGAAACCAGCCUGUAAAAUUAAUCUUUUCUUUUUCUCCGGCCUUUGGCACAUUGGAUCUGUGAUCACAUUUAGACUCCCAUUGGGCUCUAAUUUUGAAUCACAUUAAUUUGGAAACUCAUUUUAUUCUAUCUCCCCUGCUCACCACUCUAUUAUCACUUGCAUUUUGGAGGGAUAAUGAAGGCUACAGGCAGAAAAAUGAGCCCUCUUUCUUGCAGCCAGCAGCAGAUCAUUGCAUCACCACAUAGCUCAGCGUGCCAGUCGCUCUUUAGCCACAUCAGCUCCUGUCUUUUUAAGAACUCCAUGCAUGCUCUGUGUGCAUUUAGCUGUGAAAUGGAGAGGAGAGAUUUUGGCGAAAUCGUUCAAUUAGUACAGAGAGGAGUGGAGGAUGCUGAAAGCUAGGAUCAGGUGUCAUGGUUUUACAACAAUGUCUUCCUGGCACAGAGGUGCUUCAUCACUGCCAGCUCCAUUCAGAUAAAGAAAGAGGGGACUGGGGAUGUGGGUCUUACUUGCUCAUUAAACAGCCAAAGAUAUUAGCUCUCUGAGUGACCCAGAGAAACAGCUAUCUGUGAGUUUAUGAAUCUUUUACUUAUUGUGUCUAAAAAUGCUCAAACUACAUUAUUCCCCCUUUUUUAAUUUUUUUUUUUUGCCACUGUUCUUCUCAAUAACAGUGAGAUUCAGGACUUCUUCCAAGACUGAGAACUCUUACAUCGGCACUGGAGUACUCAGGGGUUAAAUAACUUGACCCUGCAGGGGUCAAUCUAUUCAAUUUACUCCCUCUCUCUCUCUCUCCCUCGUAGGCCACAGUGACAGGCAUUUUCACUAUUUUACCUCCUCCUUUGUUUUUUGUCACCAUUUGCAUAAAUUACUGCAGGAGGAGAGCGGGGGCAGUGAUGUUGUGGAGAAGGAAGAAUUAACUGCUUAUUUUUACCACUACAAGCAGCUUUAGUGCUCGGUCAUUGAAGCUGAAAUGCAACUGAAGAAACAGCUGAGUGGACAAACAUGACUGACCAACUGAUUUAAAAAACUACAGCUACUCUUAGGCGUUACUUAUAUGGUGAAAUGUAAUAAAGCUAUGAAAACUUAUUCCAUCCAUAUUAAAGGUCCUAUGAGGAACUUUUGGUCAGUGUUAGUUUUGGCACCCCUUGUGGACAAAGAAGUCUUUGCUUAGCUUGUCCUCCAGCCUUCAUCAAUUUAAAGAUUGUUUUGUUAUUAUCUGAUAUGAAAAUUGGAAAAUCUGUUAUUAAUUUCUUGCCAGUUUUGUCACUGACACUCUUGUUUCCUUUUGUUUAUUAAAGGCAUCAGAAUAAAGUCUAUUUCAUUAAUGUAAAAAAAAAAAAUCCCCACAGCUUUAACUAUUUACUUUUUUAAACACAUUAAAAGAUUCUGGAGUUUAAGUUUAUGCCACCACAAGGUUCUAAAUUCAAAUUUACAGUCAACUAUUUUGGAGAAGUUGCCAUGAAAUGUAUUUAUUUCAUAUGAAAUAAUUCAACAAGUUCAGUUCCUUAUCCAUUCUUAAAACUGAUUUGGCCUUUACUUUUUUAUGACCAGCAAAACAAAACUAUUAGCUGCAUUCUGUGUUUGAAGUUGCAUGUUGAAAUUAAGCUUCCAAAACGUUGUGUAAGAGCUUCACAAUGGCCUUAAAAAUGAUUGUCUGUCUUUACAGUGUGUAGAAAUUGAAAUAUGCAAAUUCUAGCCGUCAGAUUCUGACUGAAACCCUCCCCUGCUCACCAUUUUUAUCAGCGAGAGAAAAAAAAAACAAGCUCUUGUGAUGCAUGAGAAUUAUGUUACUCCAUUUGUCAGGGUUUUACUGUCAAAAAUGUUUUCAAUACUAAUAAGAAUAAGAAUAACUAUUUAUCCUAGAAGGGAAAUUCAACAAUGUGUAAUAUAAUAAUAUAAUAGAUAUAGAUAGAGAUAUAAUAAUAUCUUUGUUCACAUCUACCACCACCCUUAAGCUCCUUUGAGGAACUUUGAAUUUGUGUCAACUUUGGCGCCCCCUGUGGACAAAGCGCUCUUUAUUCAUCUCGUCAUCUACAAGCUGAGCAGAGUGUUUUGACAAACAAAAAAAUAACCCUCCUCCUCACAGGACAUCUAAGAUUCGUCUUCUAUCCAGUGCAUUUCACAUGCAGACUCAUUAAAUUAAAUAUUCAUAUAUUACUAGUUUGAUGUUACAUGAUUAUGCAAGAUGGGAGCUCUAUGGAAAAAAACCCUGCUUCUAUAGAGGUAAAGAGCUCAUUUUAAGCUAACAAAAAACAAAGAAUUUUCAUAAUCAAGUAACCAUACACUAAUUUAGAUAAACAAAAAAUGUUUCAUUCUUUCCAAGUUUAUUCUACCCAAUGCCACUGAACACUACAAACUGUAAUUUUAAUUCAUAAAACAAGUAAUUUAGAACAUAUAUCUUUGACCACAUUCAAAUUGUUGUAUAAACCUGCGAGAAGCUCUGUCUAAAUGUACUGGGCCUGAGUCUCUGUUUAAUAAUGGAAUGGCACAAUAAUACUAUGGUCUCUACAUCAUAUCCACCAGGACUCUGCACAUGCCUCAUACAGAAUAAACUCAAUUUGUAUUGACAUUUUCAAAGACCUCCCACUCAAAUAUAACACUGAAGGCACUCUAUAGGAGUGAGUGGUAUUGAUCAUGUGAUGUUUUAUGAGGUGUUAUAUGUACCAACACAAUGGAAUGCAUGCAGAAAGACACAUUCCUCCCACACAUCACAGAUAUCAUAAUCCCUUGGAGCAACAUCUGAAAGAAUAAAUACAUGCAAAUUAAGUACAAGUAUCUUUUCUUUGGAAAAUUCAGCAUGAAAGUGCAGUCAGUAAUAAAGCCUCCACUUCUUUUGAUGAUUUCCUCUGAAUGAUCCUCAAACACUCAAAUGAAUGACCUUGCAAAUUAGGAAGGAGGCCAAGUGCCUGGUACGUGCAUGCAUGUGCGUGUUUAUAGGCGAGACAACGUGAGAGAGAGAGUGUGUGGGUGUGUGCUGUACAUGCAUGCACGCAUUCGGGGGAUCAAGUGAUUGCUUGAUCAUUUGGUUGGCUGGACAAAGACAGAAGGAAGAGAAGAAAGAGAGAGGGAUUUGGGGCGUAAACCUCUCUGAAUGAGAGUCACCUGUAAGCUUUCGUUUGGAGUCACUGUACCUGUGCACGGGGUGACUUUUAUUCUAAUUUAGUUGUGUUUACAUCUUUACUUAGAUGUAAAGUAAGCUCAUACAAGACAGAAAGGAAAGGGUUUUAUGUGAAGCAAAGUGUUGCUAUAAUUGAGUGAUAUUAUGACUUCUUGAAAUGGGGUUUGGUAGAACAUCACCAUAGGGGUCCUUCCUUUUCUUUCUCAUGCCAAACGCUGAGAAGAGACUCUGCUCUGUUCCCCCAUUGCUCUUUAUUUGUUGUUGUGUGUGUGUUUUCCUCUAGCCUCUUUGUUUAUGGGACAGAGUUUGCAAUGGCUGGAAGUGAGUUGAAAAGUAAUCUGAGAUGUUUUACAGUAAUUAGUCGUCUUUGUUGCUACUGUGGAGACUGCUGCACUGGCUCUCAAUGAGGAAGGGGGGACUGCAAGGGGGUUGGGGGGUGAAUGUGUGAGUGGGAUGGUAGCAGAGUGGGUGUGGGUCCCUUCUUCUUUUGUAGCCUGCACUUCUCUCCUCCGCCAUCGAGAGAGAGGGAAUGGGCUGAGGCAGCUGUCACUUAACAUGUGAAUGUUCCAAGGGGCGGCCAGGGGGUCUUUAGAAAACUCUCCCUUUUUUUUGUCCCCCUCCCAUCCCAUUUUUCAAGCAGAAGCAGCAUGGAGUUUGUGAGCCACAGUCAGACCCAGAGGAGGGGCUUUGUUGGUUAAGAAGAGGGAGAGAGUGAGAGAAAAAGCCUGGGGAAGGUAAAGGGGGCACUUUGCCGCCUCGCUGACGGGUACAGGAGCAACCUGAGCAGAAUGCUGCCGCCGCCUUGUCGUUAUAUGGAACUGGCACAAACUGACCUCCAUGUGAAAACUGCUCUUGGCUGGGAUCUGUGGGAGUUCAACUGAGCCGUUGGAAUACAUUGUCUCUAUCUGGGCGCACUAUCCCAUCGGCGGCAUUAACAAGGAAGGAAUUCCUCUAUCACAGCUCCCACAACAAAGAAGAAAGGGAGAGGAGCAGAGCUGGUGGGAGGAGAAGUGAAGUGAGGGGAGGAGAGGGGAGGGGUGCACUGUGAGGGGAGAGGAGGACAUUGUUUGCCUGUGACUGUGGGCAACGGAAAAGCAUGAGUUAUCAGGGCAUGUGUGAGUGUGUUUGGGAAGUGUAUUUGUAUGUCAGCAUGUGUGAAUGAGUGGACUUGAUUGAGUGUGUUGUUUAAAGUAUGCCUGUGUAUUUAUAUGAGUGUGUGUGUGUGGAGCAUUCAGUUUGGGAUGUUGGAGCUGGGAGGCCGUUCAAAGGAUGCUCAAACAAAGCUGGAUUUUUACCCCCUCACCCUCUCUCUCUCCCCCUUUUUUUGAAUGGUGAUUGAGGACUGGCUGGAUUCCUUUACUCAUGCUGUUUGGCUCAACCGUGCUUCAGGGGUAAGUGUGGUUCUCGUGAGCUUCAAACCGCCAAAACUGCCAGUUAGUCAGGAUUGGUCCAGAGAGAGAGAGUUGGGUUUUGGACUUUGAUGGUCAGUAAUUUGGGGAACAUGUGACAGUGCAGGAGUGGUGCUGGGAGAUUUUUGUUCACUUAGCCCUAGCAAGUGCAGAAAGCAAGUGCAGCAGGCAAAGAAACACUCCAGUAGAACUAACAUUAGUGUGGAUGGAUCACUCGAAUGUAAGUAUAUUUUGUUUCAUUCAACAGUUUGUUCCUUAUAGGCAGUUUUUAGCUUUUAUAUGCAGCUUUAAAUCAAAAUUUUCCUUAGGGGUGCAUGUUUUUGUUUUUUGUUUUUAUGGCAGUUUCUUGAUCCAGGUUGACAUUUGGUUCCAUUAAGCAGCUUUUAGCAGCACUUUUCGAGGACUGUCUUUGAGGUGUAUGUGUGACCUUGUAGGCUACAAUAUCCACCCUAAGAUGUUAUGAGUCUCAUGGGUGAGUGCACAGCUGCCACCUCUGAUUAGGGACCACUACCAUGAUUGCUACUUCAGGACCUCCCUUAACAGAAGCAGACACACAGCAGUGACACAACAUCAGGGGGCUCUACUGUUGUGAUUGAUGAUUAUUGUUUCUCUACUUAUUACUGCCCUAUUUCAUCAUACAAUACAAAUCUACAAUCACUGAAAUUUUAGGGCAUGAUUUUCCAUUGAUUAAUGUGGGUCAACUGGCACAAUUGAUAAAAUGUAUGAUUGAUCUUUAAAGAAUAUAUUGAUACCCUCAAAAUGAAAUGUGUUUACCUGAGCACAUAGAGCCUUAUCGAGAUUCAGGUUAGAGCAACAUUUUAAAUUAUGGGAGCAAAAUAUUUGCUUUACCACACCAAACUAAAAUAUGUUUUUUUGUUUUUUUUUGUAUCGUCCGUGCCAUACCACAAACAAGCCUUGAUACUAUUGUUAUAAUUAAAUUCAUCAGGAAAUGGACUCCAGUCAUGUAUCAUAAAUCAUUGUUGAGAGCAGAGAAAGGGCUGGGCUGAAUUAAGAGCCGUUUCAAAAUAGGUUAAGUGAUGGGAUGGUUAGGUCAUCGGCAAAAUGAGGUAAAUGGUGGAGUGGUUCUCUGGUUCCCUUUCGAGUACCAUUAAACUAGAAAGAGAGAGGUGCAUAUCAAACACAGGCUCGGGGCAUUUUGGGAGGGCUCCCCUCGUGUGCUUUGAUUGUAGAAGAAUGUAGGUCACGCGAUUUUAAUACUCUUCCAUGUGAUUAAUGCGUAGUUUAAAAAAAGUAGGCUGUAUAUUCGUAUCAGAGUGCCUCUCUCUUAGCUAUACUAUGGUAAUAUAGUAUUUGCAUGUUUAUGUCUAAUAGGAUCCCUCCGGUAGUGCACCAUGUGCUCCAUAAUGAGUCUACUCAGCAUAUUACUGUAUGUUGCAGUGAGAUCACUGAAGAGGCAAGCGAGUAAUUUGGCUAACAACCACACAUGCCGAGCAGUAACCAGACACGGCACACCCUCUCUUUUGAAUUGUUAACCCAUGUGAACACGGCCACAGGCACUCUCUCUAUGUCCUCCUCAGGGGACCACUGGGCAGUGAUCUGAGCUAACUGGGUAAUCAUUGAUCCAGGGGCUAAGGCUUUGUCUGGGCACCACUCUCUGAUCAGACUGCAUGCUCCCCUGUGGAUCUCUUGACUGCAUCAUCUGCUCAGCAGAGACAUGCAUGAUGUUGGUAAUUACUGGGCUCAUGCACAUGGAGGCAUCACAUAAAACUGGGUCAUCUUCUGGAGUCUCGUUUAGUUAGAAACUGUGAUAUAUGUUGAUUAUAAUUACUCUUGGGAAACAACCACAUGAGGUUUGAUUUAUUUUAAACAAGGCACAGAUAUUGACAGUUUGAGUUCUCAGAGGCUGCAGACUCUCUUUGUGUCUAACCUCUGACAGGAUAAAAGAGCUGCAUAUUCAGCAUAAUCCUGUCUGCCACCAGCAUGACUGUAACAUGUGACUGUGCCCAUGCAUCUAAAAUCCACCUCCUCUGAAUUUUCAAGCCAGCAAACAUCCCUCACUGUAGCUUAGAGAACCAACAGCCCAAUUGCCCCCUUGUCGACCCAUAUUGCCCCCCAACAGAUCUAGAGUCACCAAGCUUGACCCAAGGUGACCUCUAUAAUUCUGAAUGGGGUAGUCCAACUCCACCUCAGAGGGAGGACCCUGCCUCGACAGGGAUCCUCUCUGUGAUCUCCUGAUAGGCUCACCUCAGCUCCUCUAGACCAGGAUAAUUGCAUUCACCUUUAACCCUUUUGUCAAAGCACUGAAGGCACUGAGCCGAGAGGAAGCAGGCAGACUGUCACAGUUUGGAACUGUCAUUGUCAGUCAGUCUUUUCAGUAAUGUACAACCAGACACCCCCGCUAGCUCUUCUUGGAGGCGAUAAUGGAACAGCAUAGAUGUUUCUUCCAAACACCAUUUCGCACACUUAGAUGCUUUGUUGAUUGUCGUAUGCUUUCUUUACCCUUCCCCCCUACUUCCGCCAUGCCACCUCGUGUUCCAACCCUCUUCCCAUAUUGUCACCCCAGAGAAAUGAGUCCAUGUUUGCAUUUUUAUGGCUGUCAUAUUUGAUCAGGUCUUCAACGGGUUUCCCAGGACUGGUCCAAGCCGAGUUAGAGAAAAAGCUGGCUAUAUGCCAUUAGUACUCCGUGCCAGGCUCAACAGUGGGAUCCUCGACAAGCCUGUCACAUUGAUUUCUUAGCCCAGAAUGUUUUAGUUGGUGAUGUGAGAUAGAUGGGGAGCAUGUGUUUAUGUGGUUUAAGGAAGACAAAGGGGCAGGGACUAUCUAAGCCAAGUGUCUUUUUUUGUGCCAAGAAGACACAGCAAUGUUGGCACACAAAUUUAACAAGUCAAGAGAAACGGGUUGUAUCCUAUGUACCAUGAGUUUUCUGAAAAUAUUAGCAGCAACAAGCGGUUCCUUUGAGCUGUACAGCAGAAAAGUUGUGCUCUCUGAGGCCGAGGAGCAGCAGCAUGUGUUUGGUUGAUGCACAUAAUGAGCACUUGUUCACUGCAUGUUGACCCAGAGCCCCCUUGUCUUAUUUUAGGUAGCUGAAGGAUCUCCUGCAUGCAUGGCCAAGGGGCCUUACCUCACCUGUUACCUCACUAGCCUCUGGGCUGAAGGACCAUGGGUAACCUCAUCAGCAGGCCCAGCUGUCUGGGCCAGAAGUCCAAGCAUGUGAGGUCAGAUGAAGCUUUCCUGAAGGAGUGCUACCAACGAAGAAGAGAGUGGCAGCUUCCAGAAAAUCAUGGAGAAGCCAAACAGGAAGUGUCAGUAAAGGACGACGCAAAGGAGGAUGAAGUCAAUGAGCAGGAUUUGGAGUGUGACAAGGAGCUUGAGGAAAUUGAAAUUAAAAGAGAGGAGGGGACUCAUACCCCCAUUUCAGAUAAACUCCCACGCAGUUCUCCUGCCUCUACCAUCAGGAGCACAAGUACUCUGGAAAAUGCGUGGCACAGCAGCCCCUCUCCGAUAAAAACAUCGCGCAAUGGGACCCUCACAAGAAGGACAGUACCACCGGAGUUUACCAGAUCCCCUUUGGCUCAUCUUGACAAGAGUGCUGCAGAAAGGAGGGCCAGUUUCCAGAGAAGAGACUCUAGAGAGGGGAGUCCUUGGUCUUGGAAGACUUUGUCAACAAGAGAGGUCACAGAGGUGACGGAGGUGACUGAGACAACUGUGACAGAGAUUGUGGAAGUCACUGAAUAUCCGCCAAGUGACAAAGGAGGCGACCCCAUUGUCACCAGAACUGUUAGAGUCCUGAAUGGUGUCGCAGAGGAACUCGCAGAGGUUUACACCUUCUUUCAGACACAUUUAGUCUCACCUGUGUCCUUUUAUUCUUUUCUCUCCUCAUCUUAUCCUUUAAUUCUUACCUUUCCUCUUGUUUGAAUCCAUGGAAUUAAGAUGGGUCUUUUAAAAAGGUUAUUCAGCAUAUUUUUAAACUGGUCUGUCGUCAUUCCGCAGCUCCAAAGUGAUGGACACUCAAGCUCAGACCAGGAGUCCAGUCUGGAUAGAUGGAGGGUAUGUUUUAACCUCUAAUCCUUUUCUUCUUGUGUUUGUAGAGUAAACCUGAUCAUGUUUUAGUUGAAACACAAUCUUCUCAGUCAUGCAUGCGUAAGCUUACAGCUUGAAAUGGUCUCUCUUAAGGGAACCAGGUCUGCCUUGGCAGUGAGAGAUACCUCAACAGAUCCAGAGACAUUUCUCCAAAACCUGGAAGCUUUGCUCACAUGGGUCAGCGAGAUCGAGGAGCUCACAGCGAAUCAGAAACCUCCAUCUUCUGAGGUUAAAGUGGUGAAAGCACAGCUCCAAGAACAAAAGGUGUGUUAUCGCUGACAUCAUACCAUUACAUGUCUUUUUACAAAAUCACUCUUUCAAGAGCUUUCCCGUAGGAGCUCACCUGAAUAGUUCACCUAUAGAAAAGCGGUCAUGGAAAAUGUUCAACUGCUUCUUUUAAACUUUAAAUUCAGCUCUAUUCAGAGGUGGAUGGGUGGCGAUCAGAGCUACAAUGAGCUUCAGUAAGUCAUUGUGAACAUUUCCUGGGGGUUCGUAAAAAGGGAACAAUCUCACCUUUCAGUUAUAAUCACACCCAUUGUGAGUUUGCCUGAAUGAGGUGAAACCUGGCUUGCUUGUCACAAUGUAAGCUUGUCACAUGAGACAGCACCUUUCCACAGUAAUGAACUGCAGGAAAAAAAAAAAAAAAACAAACAAAAAAAAACAAAACAAAUCUAGAGCUACUAUAAAAGUUACUUUUUUUCUCCAAGGAGUUUGUUCCUGUGAAUUUAGUCUUCUGUGAGAGCCAGUGUUUUUCUUUAAAACCAAUAAUUAAAGGUCAUUGACUCCACUUUAAUUCAAUAGAUUUGAAGAGUAUCAAAUGUGUACCUUUACAGCUCUUGCAGCGCCUUUUGACAGACCGAAGGCGCAGCAUGGACUGUAUGAUGUUGGAGGGCCCUCGGCUGGUGGAGGCCCACCCAGGAGAGGAAGGAGAGCAGGCCAAGGUCAAGCUCACCGCUCUCCAACAGAAGUGGGCAGCCCUACAGCUGGAGGCAGAGCGAAGGUUGGAUACUUAAACUAACAAUAAACUAACAAUGUCACACUUUCAACUGACUUAAAAUUGUUAAUUAAAGUCUCGCUUUGAUUGUUGUUCUUACUACUUAAAUUGUUCUCAGUGGUCUUUAAAUUGUGAUUAUGAAAUUUUUAGCCAAAAUCUCGUUACCUGUAUCAAUUUGAAGGGCUUUUCCCCUGCAGAGCUCCAGUAGCUUGUUAGCAAUUCACCUCUGAGUCGUGGGCGGAGACAGCCGAUCUGCACACUCCUCUUCACGCUAGCUUGUAGCCUAACUUUGCUGGUGUAGUAGAAGUAGCAGGUAACAUAAGGGCUAUUCAGCUCUUGGGCACUAAUGUCUUUAGGGACAUGAUCUGGGCUGUAUAUAGAAUUGAUGUCGUCUGCCUCCUCUGUGGGUGAAGCCACCGUGAGAACAGCACCCUCUGGUGAUGGGCUGCAGUACAGGUCAUAAAUCCCGCCUCUGCCAGCAAUCCUUAUGGAGCUGUGGACAAACUUUAGAAAUUAAUUACACAGAUUUUAAAUGUUUCUCCCCCUUGGUUGCAGUGUUGAUAUGUAUUUACUGUAAGACUGGUUUGUUCUCAAGUCCUCUUUUUUCUGUACAGCUCCAUUUUCAAAAGUUAUUAGGGGUUUAUGUUUUCUUUGAUUGACAUUUAAUACAGCCUAUGGGCGUGUGAAGAUUGCAUAGCUCACCCAGGGGAUAUGCUGUUUAAGCCAAGCAUCAUCACAGCGACUCUUGCCGACUCUCUUGUGGAAUACAUAAAAUGCUACUGCGCAAGUGGUGGAAUACGUACAACGCUACUGCGCAAUGUUGGUUUCAGGAAGUGGAGAAAAAAACCUGGAAAUACAGAGAGCUUUUUGGCUUCAAAACUGUAUACUGGCGGAAGGCGGAAGCAAGUUGUCCAUAGUAUAUACAGUCUAUGGACAUGAUGAAAGCUAAUAUCAUAAUUAGCUUUCUUACGCGUUGCAGUCCGCUAACGUCUGGCCUGUAUAGCGGGGCUCAUGGGGCAGAGCUUGGAGUUGCUAAGUUUUAAAUCUCACUGUUUCUGUACCUGCUGUUUGGGUCUGCCAGAGGUUCACAGCGAUUUGAAUGCAGAAAUACACAGAAAUGCAAUUUUGCACUUACUUUUCUCAUGAUAUGUCCUGUAGCAUCAGAAAAAUGCCAAAUGAACAUGUAGACAUCAAGAAAAACACGAUUUUCAUCAGAGUGGCUCUUCAGUGAUUUGUUAAUGUGUUUUGGUUGUAGGAGAGCGAGCCUGGAGCUCAUUCUGCCCAGGGCCCAGCUCUUCCAGGAAGGCGUAGACAGUUUACAACAAUGGCUCAUGUCUGUGGAGCAGACUCUGGCUGAACUACGGAACGCAGAGAGAGUGAUGCUGCAUCUCUCUGAGGCAACAGACAGGGCUAAGGUUGGAAAUACAAUGUGUGCAGGUCAACUGCAUACACAUAUAUCAAAGCAAAUCAAAUUGACCUUUAUGCAUCAAGGAUUGUAUGUUUGACAUCUUUUCACUUUUUUAAAGGUGGUUGUUGAAGAGAUUCAAGUUAAAACUGCUGAGCUGGGAAAGAUACAGAAGUCAGCACAUGAUCUUAUGGAAGCAAUAUCAGGUUGGGUACACAGUAUAGAGAAUAAUGAUAGAGAAAAAUGUCUUGUUCUAAAAAUACUCAUCAUCAUCUAAAAAGUAUGUUUGAUAUGCUCAAUAUUAAAUGGGAUUUUUUUUUAUGCUGCAGAGGAAGAAGCCCAGCAGGUACAGGAGAAGAUGGACGCUCUGCGUAUCCGUUGCUCUGUACUGAGUCUGAGCAGUCUGGAUGUGCUACAGAGGCUGGAGCAGGCCCUGGAGGCCUCCAGCCGCUGUACCUCUAGCCAGGAGGACCUCCACCUGUGGCUGGGCCGCAUAGAGAGGGAGCUCCUCGGAGCAGCAGGAGCUCAGACACAUGCUGGAGAUUCAGUGCUUUGUGCGGCUGAGAGACAGAGGGUAAAGUCAUUUACAAUUCUAGGCUACAGUAAACCUGUCAAAGCAUGUCAACAGAAGUACAGUUCAAAAUUGAGAUUGGCAUCAGCCUUUGGUUUAACAUCAAGAUAUUUUAAUAACCAACGCAAUUUUAAUUUAACUGUAACCUGCUGUUAUUUACCGAAUCUUUAGCUAAAAAAAAAGAUGUUCACAUCAAAAUGUCCUAAGUAGUCAAAAAUGUGUAGCUCAUUGCUCUUCAGGUAUAGCAUCAUAAUAUCAGCUGUUUUAACUACAUUUAAAAUUCUCACUUUUUCAUCUGGAAGCAUCAAAAAUGGCAAACUUGAGGUUUGACAUCAUUCCGAGGGGUGAACUAAAAAAAAUUCUAAACAUCACCAGUAUUUGAAAACUAUGCCUGACUUUCAAUAGGUAGAUUGCAGACAGUCAUAAAGAAACUAUGGGAAGGAGGAUGGAGUCACUGCAUUAAAAAGUCAAAGGAUGCAGGCUUAGGGUUGGAUUUAAGGUAUAGCAGCGGUGCCUCAGUCCUAGGGAUGCUCCAUCUUUCUGAAGCGUUAAUGAACACCAAAAAAAUCUAACACUACUUUGGCUGUUGGUUGAACACAUUUCCUGUUAGUACUAUACUCAAGAUGGUUACUUUAAAAAAAAACAGCCUGUCUAUUAAGACAAGUUAAACUUUAGCUGAUCUGAUACUUUUGACAGACUGAUAUGACAAUUGAUAUACUGUAUAUAUUUUCAACUAGCCUAAUUUUAAUACAUCAUAUGAUGUAAAAUAAUGGGGUCAUAUUUUUUAUAGUUGACAAAGCUCCUUCUUUAUGACUACAAAGUGAAUAUUUUGCUAUUAUUUAUUAGUAAUCCUGAAAAACUUAGAUCCCCUGAAUAUCAAAAUAGUGAAAUCUGCUUAUGAAAAAUAACUUUUGCUCAUAAAAUGAUUAUCUUGCGGAAAAAAAGUUAUUUUCUUGCAUGGGAACAAAUUAUUAUUUCUAGAGUGUACAAGAUUUUUCCACUUCUGAGACUUUGAGAGCUCCAUAUUUUCAUUCGUGGUAUUCUGUACAUAAAUGAAACUGGCAAACUUACUCGUCUUUAUUGAGCUGGAAGAGUCUCUGAACAUUGAACCAUAAAAUGACAACAUACAUACUAAACUCAACUUUAAUAGUGCUGUGUGUUCUGUUCUGCUAAAUAGUCAUGUUUUUUAUUUUUUUUUAUUUAUUUAUUUUUCCUAGCUGGAACAGGCAGUAGUAAAGGAGAUGGCGUGGUUCAGAGACACAGCUUUGAACCUGGAGAGGCUGAAAACCAUCAAUCUGAGUCCAGAGUUCAUAGCUGAACAACUUUAUGAGCAGAAGGUGAGGACAUUAUGAAUAAAUCACAAUUAAAAAACAAUUAACUUUUUGUUACAGCUAUAGAGUAGUAUAACAUUUGUGGUUUACACGUAUGUAUUUUAUCUUCUGACCAGAUUUUGGCAGUGGAGAUUCUCCAGCACAGGUUCAACAUUGAGAAGAUGGUGAAAAUAGCAGAAAUUUUGCUGACAUACAGUGAUGAAGGAGAAACAGGCGAUUUGCGGGUAUACACUGUACUUUAUAUUAUGCACCAAUUUUAAAAACAGUGUAAAUAAUACUUUAAAGUAAAAAAAAAAGGUUUUGAUUUCUCUCUCUUUACAUUUCUGCCCCCCUCCCCAUGCAGACACCAAUGGAGGCCUUACAAGAACAAUGCAACACCACUUCAGCCACCAAUUCCCAUGUGGUCCUGCAGCUUGAGCAUGCUCAGUCGCUCCUCCUGCAGUUCUCAGAGGGCUUUGCUGAGGUUUCACCCUGGCUUGAAGAAACUCAAUCCCUAAUCGGCCAGCUCUCCCUGAGCACAAUUAGCUAUGAAGCAUUUCGGGAACAACAGGACCUCUUACAGGUAGAAGAAACCUGCUUCUCCACAUCAGGGGUUCAACAAAGAAGUCCUUUUAUAGUUCCCAGUCUUUAGCUAGUCCUCUGGGUAAAUAAGGUGUUUUGUUCAGAUACACUUCCCUUCUAUUACAACCAGAGUAAAAUAAUGACAUAUCAGGUUUCAGGUGUGCUGUGAAAAAGUACCACAGUGUCUUUCCUCUUUAGGGAGUUAGACCCAAAAAAGUGUUUUUAAUUCAACCUUAUUUUCCCCUCUCUUGGACAGGGUUUGAGGGAGUCCAUUGCAGAGCACAGACCCUUGAUCACACGCUUGUGCUCCCUAGCAAAACGCUUAGCAGAACUUAACCCAGUUCACGGGGAUGAGUUCUGCAGAAAGGCUUCAGAGGCUGAGGAGCAGCACAGAGCCAUCAGAGACCGGGUCAGGGAGACGGCUAAUCUGCUUGAAGAGUCCUUGCCUAGAUUCACACAGGUAUUAACAUCUCUGAGAAAGUCUUUGAAAUUCUCUUGCCGUUCUCUGAUAUGCUGAAGCUCUGCUUGAUCUCACAGCUAAAUGAGAGGAUGACACUCAUCAGAGAGAGUCUUGACCGCCUGCGUAGUCGCAUACAGAGCCCCAGCUCGCUUCAAGGCCUCACCCCAAGGAUCCAGGAGCAGCUGCAGGACAACAAACACACCCUAGCUGAGCUGUCCAAGCUAGAGCUUGGCCUGGGCAGUGUCAGGACACAGGCAGAUGAGCUUUUGGCUAACACCCAGGCAGCUGGUGAUGGGUCAGUCGGCACAGGUAUGUUGCGAACAGACUUGAUUGUGUCACAAGAUGUAAGAGUUAUGCUAAUAUGUACCAAAGGAGAAAAGGACAAAUCUGAGUUGAUCAAAUUCUUGUCAUUUUAGCAAUCCAGGAGCAGGUAUCCAGCCUGUCCAAGCUGUGGGAUGAGACACACACUCAGGCCCAGGAGAGGGAAAGCUGGCUGCUGAAACUUUUGGACCUGGCCUUAAAGUUCUGGAGUGAUGUUAGCGAUGUCACAGCUGCUCUCAGCGACGCUCAGCAGGCACUUCUGGAUCUCAACGCAAGUCGCACAGACUCUGAAACAAUCCGGCAGAGCUUGGAAACCAUGCAGGUUUGUUUGUAACAGAGAAAUCACACAUAAAAAGUCCCCUAUUGUCAUAAAAAAUCCUCUCAAAAAUGUUCUUUUGUAUUUUUAUAGACUCUCAGGGAGGAUAUUGACAGUUUACAAGGAGAUCUGGACACCCUUGGUGUUUUGGGAAUGGAUCUGAUGUCAGCAUGUGGGGAUACAGAUAAACCAGAUGUCACAAAGAGCCUAGAUGAGGUAAAGAAUAAUUCAAUCUUCAGUCCCUUUUUACUCAUGUUAGUGUUUUUUUUUACAACCUUAAACUUUGUCUUUUGUUUUAAAGCUCUACUGCACCUGGAACAACUUGAGCAAACUGUGGAACGAGUGUCACAAAAAGCUGGAGGAGUCUUUGCAGAUGGCACUUCACUAUCAGGACACAAUGCAGGUUUGUGCUUCUAUUCUGGCAUUGUGUGUACCCAAUACACUGUAAUACAAACACAUAUUCUUUAAUAAGUAUCAUAGCUAUUUCAAACAUGGCUCUUUGGCUACCACAGCCUGACUCAAGCAGUGCUGUGGCCUCUCGCCAAAGACAGAGCCUGAGUCUUUUAUUCUGUUUCAGCAGAGUCCAGACUCAGACUUUUACUCCCUGCAGCUUUUUAUGCAUGACUGACAGACUGUGUAGUUUUCUUCCAAAGGCAAAUAAGUUAAAUGGAGCAAACUGUGUGAGACAGUAUUAAAGCAAACUAUGAGAAUGACUCCAGCUGCAUAAACAAACAGAGAUACAUUCUUGAUGUUAUCUUUGAUGGGACAUUAAGAGACAUCUGGGCCGACCAGAACAAGGUCUGAGUUCAGUGCAUCAUUGACUGCACUUUUAUCACACCCUGAUCAUUAUUUUUUUGCUAAUAGGGUCUUUUUGAGUGGCUAAAGUCAGCUGAGCUCAGGUCGACUGAAGAGUUUAUGGUGGGACCUGAUCUGGAGUCAGUCAAAGAGCAGCUCUGUGAUCUCAAGGUGAGUUCAGACACCCAAAACAUGCAGAAAUCAAAGUUUUCCCACGGUAUAUUCAAAGAGUCAUUUGCUAUAACAUUAAGCACGUCUAUAAUAACAACAGAAACUAUUUUCCAUUUUUCUUUUCAGGAAUUCAAGAGAGAACUUUACCAGAAGAAGAUUGAGAUUGAAAGUCAGAACCACCGCUUCGUGUGUCGGUUGUCUCCCGGCUCAGAGCGUCCAGGCUCUGUGUCACCGCUGUGUGACUUUAGACAGCGCUGGGACAGCCUGGAGUCAGAGACUGUCAACAGACAGGUAACGUCACACAAGCAGAUAUCAUUAUGUAACAUUACCACAACUCUCUUGAUGCACAAUGCCAAUUUUAUGUCUUAAAAUGCAAUGUCUUUUACACGAGUCCAGUACAAACUACAUUCAGCUGAAGAAACAAGACAGCUACGAAGAAAAAGAAAAAAAAAGGAAAAACAAACAUGUUUUCUUUUCCUGUGCUACCAUUAGCAUCAACUGGAGUGUGCUCUUCUGGGUCUGGGUCAGUUCCAAAACACACUGGAUGAACUGCACACAUGGCUGUCAAGGACCGCAGAACAACUGCAGGGCAGCCAACCAAUCAGCAUCGAUCUUCAGGCCUGUGAAAUAGAGUUGGCAAAACAUAAGGUAAGUCAUGGCCAUAAUUCAAUGAUGUAUACUGGAUAAAAUUUCAAAAUAAUCACUCACUAUACAGCUGCUCUGUUACAGGCUCUUGUAUAUUCGCACUCAGACCUGUCAUGUCUCUCAAAGACCUUCAGAUUUAUUUGCCAGAUAACACUAAACACAUGGCCUUGAAAGAAUAACAUCUGUCAUCUGGAAGCUUUAAACACUGUGUCCACAGUGGGUCUACCCUGUCAGUUAUUUCUGUUAUUGUAUAUUUAACCAACGACACACACUUCUAUUUGUCUAACCUGCCAGAUACAAUAAACCAUUAUAAUGCUUUCACUGUCUAAUAAAACUUUAGAAAAACAUUCAAGUGACAAAUCUCUAACCUUAAAUGCUUUCUCCUUUUCCAAGGUGCUGCGUAAUGACGUAAUGUCCCAUGUCCGCACGAUGGAGUCACUGAACAAGGCAGGCAGGGGGCUGCUGGAGGUCGGGGCUGGGGACAGUCCACAUGUUCUACAGUCUCGACUUGAGCAGCUCAAUGAAAGCUGGGAGUUUGUCCGCUGUGAGACUGAACGCAGGCAGCUGGAGUUGGAGAACAGACUGAGUCAGGUGAGACGAUACAGCAGACCCAUUGUUCUAUUACAGCUGCAACAAAAGUCAAUAACAAAUAAAGUUGAUGAUACUUGUAAUUUAGGGACAGCAUAUACAGAAUUAGUAAACAGUAUGUUGUCACAUUACACCAGUGGUUUUCAAGUCCAGUCCUCGAGCCCCCCCGCCCUGCAUGUUUUGGAUGUUUCCCUGCUCCAACACACCUGAUUCAAAUGAUCAGCUCGUUAUUAAGCCGGUUCAGAGCUUGAUAAUGAGCUGAUCAUUUGAAUCAGGUGUGUUGGAGCAGGGAAACAUCCAAAACAUGCAGGAGCACGUGGACUGGACUUGAGAACCACUGCGUUACACUAAUGUUUCAGUAUUAGUGGCCAAUAGCGCCCUCUUGUGGUGCUUGUGUAGUUUAACACAGUGGUUCUCAACUGGUCGCACUCUGAGACCCACAUUUUCCCAUGGUCCUUAAGUUGCAACCCACUUUUAUAGAAUUCAAACCAAGCAAAGUUAUUUUUCAUUUAAAAAAAAAACUUUAAAAACUCAAAUCUUUAAUUUGAAUGCACCUGUUUUGUUGAGUAUAGUGCAUUUCAAAGCACACGAACUGAGGACGACAACUACUCAAGUACACAGAAAAUAUUAAAUAUCAAAUAAAUAUCAAAUUGGAAAAAAUGGAGACCAGCAAAAUGAGAACAAAAAAAAGGUAUUUUUACUGCAUUCAGGUCACAUUAAUAAGAGACAGAGGAGGACCACGACAUAAUAGAUAACGUGAGUAAAAUAGAUAUCAAAACAAUGAAAGAUCUUGUAAUUAUGGCUAUAAAAUGAAAGAUUUCACGUCUAUGUUUUGCAUUCAGAGCAGAUAAUGAGGUUAAUGAAGAGGACCAUUACAAUAGCAUGGACAAAUGUAAAUUAAGAAAAUAUCAAAACAUAAAAUAAUAAAAGAUCUAUACAACAAUGUCUGUAACCUGUUAUCUUGGGAAGUCAGUGAGACAGCUGAGCAUGUGGUUCAUUCUUGAUGAGAGUGUCAAAGUCUGGGAUGACAGUAGACAGGGCACAUCUCACCUAGCCUUUAUACAAGCACUUUCACCCUACUUUUACUUCACGACCUUUAACAUGGCUCUGACCAGCCACUGUAACCCAAACAGCACUGCAAAAAGACCCGCAUCUGUUUCAGUAAACUGAAGGUAUUGACAACCCUGACACUAGCCACUAUCAACUCAUACAAGUGGAUAGAAAGGCAGGCAGAGCAGACACAUUAGUGAACACCUCCUGUCUCUGGUGUUUCAUCAUGUUUAACUAUCCCUCUCCACACUAGCUCUCACACCCCAUCAUUUGGGCUCUUGUAUUCUCAUUAAAAUCCAAUGAUUGUUGUUGUUGUUGUUGUACUGCAGUUACAGUCUUAGUGAACUGACAUCCACAACACCGUAACAAUUUAGCAUUGCUCUGUUUUAUUGUACUCACUGCAGGUGCAAGAUGUUACAAUGGAGAUUCAGGAUCUUCUGCAGUGGCUUGAGAACACAGACCUGAGACUGUCCUCCUCUAAAACCAUAUGGAGUAUGCCGGAUUCUGCGACUGAAAGGCUUAAUGCACAUUUGGUAAAACUAAUAAUAAUAAUAAUAAAAAAAAUAUAUUAUAAUAAGAACUGAUAAUCUAGUUGUAGGAUGUUCAUUAAUAGAAACCUGACCCUCUUACUCUCACCAUUAACAGGAGUUGUGCAAUGAGAUGGAGUCAAAGCACCACGCCUACACAGAUGUGAAGAAUGCCAUCCACAGGAUGCUGGAGAGCAGCGAUGUGGUGCGGGGGUCGAGCAUUGAACACAGCCUAUCCAUACUUGAACAGAAAUGGGUGUCUGUUUACAGCAAAGUCCAGGAGCGAAAGGUUAUUAGUCCUUCAGUUUGUUGUUUCAUGCCUCCUAUCAGAAGUUUAGCGGAAGAUUAUUUAUGAUUUUUAAUUUCACAGGCAAAGCUUACAGAAGGACUGAGCCUGGCUAAGGAGUUUCACAGUCACGUGCAGGAGCUACUCACUAAAAUGAGCAAGUGUGAAGAGUCUAUUGGGCUUCUACCUGCUCCCAGCUUUGUUCUCGACACGGUCUGUCUUCAGCUGCAGGACCACAGAGUAGGUCUUCUUCAUUUUAUGUGUAUCCGCUUCAGAUCUGAAGUUAUACACAAAUUUAAGAAUACUUGUUCCUGUUCAUAUAAAACCUUUAUUUGUUAUAGACACUGCUGAAUGAGGUAAAUGGUUAUGGCGAGAGAAAGACCACGGUGGAGAACACGGCUUGCAGACUGACAGAGCUGAGCAGGAAGGAAGACUGUGACGUGAUCCAUAACCUGAUCAUGACCGUCCAGGAUCGCUACAAAAAGUUACAGCAGCGUGCUUCAGAAAGAGGAAGAAUGCUGGAGGAUGUCAAAAAGAACGCCAAACAGGUCCACCACCAUGUCAACCCUUUCUUUUUCCAUCACUGUAAAUUUACUUGAGGAGAAACUUGACUGUAAAACGCAUCUGUUAUUUCAGUUUAAUGAAUCCUGGCGUCUGCUAGUGGACUGGAUGACAGAGGUAGAACAGACGCUGGACACACACAAAGAGAUUGCUGUGUCUCACGAGGAGAUUAAACAACAACUGACUGAGCAAAAGGUGCAGUAAGCAAUGCAAGGAAUACAAAGUUGUUAUAUUUUUUUUCUUUUCUGAAUGUUUAAACCAAAUACUUAAUUUGCAACCAGGAGUUCCAGAAACUUCUGAGGUCAAAAAGGCCGAUGUACGAAGCCACAUCAAAAAGUGGACGCAGCCUUCACGAGAGAGCUCAAAGCAGCCAUGACAGACAGCACCUGGAAAACCUGCUGGCUGAACUCAAAGACACAUGGGACACCAUCAGCGGCAAGUCCAUGGAGAGGUAAGGGAAACUAGUGGUAGAUAAAGAGUUCAGUAGAAUAGAAAAUCCCAAUCUUUAAACAUUGACCACGUAUUCUUGUAUUUUGUCUUUUCAGGCAGCACAAGCUGGAGGAGGCGCUGUUGUUCUCAGGUAGAUUCACUGAUGCCCUGCAGGCUCUGAAUGACUGGCUGUACAGAGCAGAGCCCCAGCUGGCUGAGGACGUUCCUGUUGGUGGAGACAAAGACAUGGUGCACAACCUGAUUGACAAACACAAGGUACAGGACCUGCCAUGCCAGUCAAAAAAUAUAUGUAACUUUUUUUUUUUUUUUGGAGAAAACACUUGCAAUGGGGGUUAUGAUGGUUCUUAGUGAGAACUUAACAAUGUUUAAACUUUUAAUCCAGACAUGAUUUCUUGAUGUUUAAUUUCCAUAUCUUGUAGUAAGAUUGCAGAGGUGUUUUUCUCGCAGGCUUUCCAAAAGGAGCUGGGGAAAAGAGCUGGAUGCAUUAGGACCCUGAAGCGCUCUGUGAGGGAUCUGACCAGAAGCAGUACAGCUGAUUCUCACUGGCUCCAGGAGCAGAUGGAUGAGCUGGAGAGCCGCUGGGAGGCUGUGUGCAAACUGUCAGUCAGCAAGCAGGACAGGCUGGAGGCUGCACUUCAGCAGGUACUCCUCGGAAAAAAUUCAGUCAAUAAUGUGUGGCCCAGCUUGGAGUGUGCUGUCAGAAUGCAAGAAAAUACAAAAAAAUAAAGGCUUACCAUAAAUUAUUGCAAACUACAACUCAUCUGUUCUGAUAUAUCAAUUAUAGUUACACUUGUAUCACAUGUCAGGAAUGGAUGGCAACUAGAUGGUUGACAGUUGGGGAUAAGUAAAAGUGAAAAGAAGGGCAAGUCACUUCUCUGCUCUUACCUUUAUUUUGGUCUUUGUUCUUGUAAGGCUGAAAAGUUCGACGGCCUUGUUCACUCCUUCAUGGAGCAUCUCACUGAGGCAGAGAGAGUACUGAAGUACGGGGUCAUACCAGAGGAGGAGGAAGGCUUGCUGGCCUUCCGCAAACAACACGAGGUCAGUAUUACAAGAUAACGUAUCACCCUCCCUCCACAGGGGGAUUACGUACCCCCCUGUCUUUUCUGGCCCCUGGAGUCAAGGGUUCAGGGUUUACCCCAGAACAACAAGUUGUGUUGAUAAGAAGUCAGUAUUUGGCUCAAGGGUAGAAAAGAAGGCAGAGUUUCUGUGGACUUUAAUGCUUGAACUCAUUCAACCUGUUUAAAGACAAAUACUGAGGCCAUGAGAGAGCAUCCUUUCUUUUUAACCCACUAUUAGAUGUAAAAAACAACAACUCUCAAAUCCAGCCACAUGCUGUGAAGUAACAAUGUUUGAUAACUUGUUUGCUGCAGUUGAAUAACAGGUUAGCUAACGUUAGCAUUAAGCUAAUUACAGGAUUAAAAUAACUGUUAGCAAAGAACUGGCUUAAAGGUGACAUUACUGUUUGGUAUUGUUUACACUACAACAUGAUUAAGCUAACACUAAGAAGCAUUUAACCUCCUAGCUUAAUCUAAGUUUGCUAAUAAUUUGAAUGCUAAUAUUGUCACAGUUGCUAACAAGUCCCAAAAAUGUUGUUUUACUUUGAGAGAUGGUCUUACGUCUCUUCUGACUUCACUGUUAAGAUAUAAAAUAAGCCCAGCAGCACCCUGGGAGUAACGUCGAAGUGAAAUGUCUGGUUUUUCUUAAACAUUUGAUGAGUGAAAUUUAGUUGAAGCCUUUUUGCUCAAGACAAUACAUUGUAUUAUUCAUUUUCCUUCAAAGGAAUCGAUGAGGGCCUUGCAGACUCAGGCGGUAGACUUACAAAAUAUCCAGUGUCUAGGUGAGGAGAUCUUGGCCUCCUGUCACCCAGACUCCAUUAUCACCCUGAAGUCGUGGAUCAGCGUCACUAAGACACGCUAUGAGGAGGUAAGUGCGGCUUUGGCACCAAGUCUUAUUUUCAUUUUAAUGAAUUACCAAUGAGGGCUCUUAGUUCCCAGCCUUUGGGAACAUAUGGACAUAGUUGUUACUCUCAUUUGUCCUUCUUGUCUUCUGGGUUAGGUUCAGACCUGGGCUCAGCAACAGGGACAGAAGAUCCAGACCAGUUUAGCAGCCAUUGAGACAGAGAAAGAGGAGAUCCAGAGGCUUCUGGACUGGAUCUCAGCAGCAGAGGAGUCCCUCAGCCUCAGAGACCAGGAACCCCUGCCUGAGACCACAGGGCAGAACCAAGAACUGAUCGAGCAGCACACUGUACGAUUUUCCUCUCUUCUACAAUGACAUGUUUCCCUACUAUCUCUUUCUUUGCAGCUUCCACACAUUUUUCAUUGACAGGAUGUUCAUUGAGACUUUUUAACAUGAUUCCUGAUUCCUUUCACUUUUGACAACCCCUUUUUUUUGCCCUUUGAUUAAACUUUUGUGCUUCAAAACACAUUUAUCUUGAUGCAUUUCCUGAGACUUUGAUCCUUCAAUCUUCAAUGUUAUGAUAUUACUAGCUAAUUCACAACUUACAGAGCAUAAAGUUGAAUUAUUACUCUGCUUCGUCUUCUCUGCAGGUGUUCAUGGAGGAGUUGAAUAAAAAGUUUCCAGAGGUUGAACAGGCCACAAAGUCCUGCAGACACAAGAGCAUUCCUAAGCAUCAAGUUUCCCCGAGUAAACGGCCUCUCACAAGUAGGAACAGUUUAUUUUUUAUAAAAGACAUAUUUGUCAAGUUUAUAUUGACAGGUUGACUGCAGUGUCACAGCUGUUAGCUUUACGUCAUACUCCUGUGCUGUUGUUCCUCCAUCCAGAGAGGAGGAGUGCUCAGAAGCUUCAGCCUGUCCUACCCGUUCCCCUGGAGCACCUUGACCCCCAGACCCCUGAGCUCAGUCAGCUGGUCAGUCAGUGGCAGAAACUUUGGCUCCUGGCUGUGGCGAGACAAAGUCGUUUGGAGCAGCACCAGCAAAUGCUCAAAGAGGUUAUUGUUUUUUUAAAUGUACACAAAGUCAUCAUGGUAGAAAAUUUUUACCUCAAUUAUGAAUCAGAUAAUGAUGCAAUGUUGGUUUGCAUUCCUACACAGAUGGAAGAAUUUGCAAACUUUGACUUCAAUGUUUGGCGAAAGCGUUACAUGCAGUGGAUCAGUCACUUGAAGUCAAGGAUCUUGGAUGUGUUUCGCAGCAUAGACCGGGACCAGGAUGGACGAAUCAGCCAGAAGGAGUUUGUUGAUUAUGUCCUUGCCUCCAGUAAGACCUACUUCUCAUAGACCAACCAUGUAUAAAUCAGUCUGAGUUAGAGCUGAUAAAACAGAAUCUCACAAUGUUAAAAAGCACAUUCUGUCCAAUGUACGCAACUUAAAAGUAUUAUUACAAUCCAUUUAAAAUGAUCAAUAAUGAUGUCAAUAAGGACGAUCUCCGUUGUCUUGAUCACACCUGCCCUGCCAUGUUAAUAGUCUCUUGGCUUUUCAACUUUCCUCUCCAGAAUUUCCCACAAACUCUCUGGAGAUGAACGCCGUUGCAAACAUCUUUGACAUGAACAGCGACGGCUUCAUUGACUACUAUGAGUUUGUGAGUGCGCUUCACCCCAGCCGAGAUCCGUACAGGAAAACACUGGAUGCAGAUCAAAUCAAUGAAGAGGUAUGGACAUUUUGCAGGGUGUAAAAAAAACACUAAUUUAUACUAUAUUAUCUGUAUUAUCACUCGUACUAAUUACCGAAGUAGGUUACUUGAGUGCAAAACUUUUUGAGAUGGUUUAUGAUUACUUUGCCUUCUUUAGGUGAGUCGGCAGGUGUCUCAGUGUAACUGUCCAAAGAGGUUUCAAGUGGAGCAAAUAAGUGCCAACAGAUACAGGGUGAGUUGUUUCUAUAGGCUGCUGGAAACAUGUUUUGUUUUGCCAUCUGAGUUUUAACAGUUUGUUCUAUGGUUUACAGCCUUGUUUAAAAUUCUUAUACAGCACCAAAACAAGACUAAAAGACAUUUGUGUGACAUCCUGCAAACUUAUUGUUAUAAUGCAACUACAACAGCUGCUUUAUAGUUUAUACAUGGAAACGGUAUUCUGUCUGUUUGUUACAGUUUGGAGAUUCCCAACAGUUGCGGAUGGUUCGCAUAUUGCGCAGCACGUUGAUGGUCAGAGUUGGAGGUGGCUGGACUGCUCUGGAUGAAUUCCUGGUCAAGAAUGAUCCCUGCAGAGGUCGGUACUCUAACCCCAAUACCACCUUCAAAUAAUAUCCACCCCCAUUUUUUCUUGGUCUCUUUAUAUCCCAGAGUUUAAUAGUGUCUUUCAUUAGUGCAAAUAUACAUUAUUAUUAUUAUUAUUAUUAUUAUUAUUAUUAUUAUUAUUAUUAUUAUUGUUAUUGUAAUGCAGUGUGUUGUUGGUUUAAUUUUGAAAUAAUUGUACCUGCAUGUAUCUCCAAGACAGAGUAAAAAAGCCAGUUUGUCUAAACUUAUUCUGUGUUAUUCCUCUAACCUGUCUCCAACAGUAAAAGGCAGGACCAACCUGAAGAUCAAGGAGAAGUACUUGUCCCCUGCUGGAAGCUCCACUAAAGGUUUGACUGUCAGCAGGUCAAACUCCAGCCUCAGCCUCUACAGCAGUGCCUCUGCCCCCACCAGCCCCAUGACGCGCAAGGUAAGACCAGACUGGAUUUAUUUAUCUGCCAUAUCUGUAAACUUGCUCAUCUGUCCAAAAAGAGUUUUGCAUGUUUUGCUAAUUUCCUAACCGCCCCCCCCCCCCCCCACCCCCCCCCAAGGCCAAGUAAAACUUUUACAGCUACAAAGGUUCAACUAAAAGUAAAUCUGUCAACAAUGUUGAAACUUGUCUGGUACAAAAUGCAGACAGUAUUACCAGGAUUUGUCCUCUUAUGUUUCUUAAAAGUGCUUCAUGUAACCCAGACGAUUUUUGAUCAAUCAAACAUUUCAUUCCUUAGGCGUUACUCCGCAGAAGUUUCUCAGGUGACCGCUGCAUCCGUCCCAGGAGCUCCAUUGCUGCUUUGGGCUCAGACUUACAGUUUGUCGUACCAGGGGGGGACAAUUCUCCGUCACCAUCAGGUUAGCCAAUCAUUUUUUUUAAUGUUGCUCAAAUUUGAGUUUAAACAAAAAAAAUAUAGAUAACUAAGAACUUUUCUUUUCCUUUCUUCAUUUUCUUUUUUUCUUCCCCAGAAGAAGCCGAGAGGUUACCCACAUGA